GCACGCGCGCUGCCGGUCGUGUUGCUCCUCCUCGACAGACUUCGAUUCAAGAGUGUAAAAGGGACUUCAACCGGAAACCAAACUUUUUUCUUCGAACUUUUUGUGUUGCUCUGAAGCAAAAGAGGAAAAAGGAGACGACCUCUUGAUGUCAUAAAGUGCACGGUUCCUUAUUUUCUUCAUUUACUACAUGGGCUGUUUGGGAAUGUUACAGCUGCCGACCAACAGGGGAGAAGUAAACCGUUUCUGGCGAGGAUAAGGGCGACGUCGAGGGAUUUUAGGCUAGUCUACACUCACAUAACGGAUUUUGGUCCUUUAUCAUGGAAGAUGGUGCAAAAGAGGACCCAGCCCAGAGUAAAGAGCCCAAGUUUCUGGGUAAGGCCGGCUGGGUGAAGAAGGCCCCCGGCAGGCUGCUGGCCAGCUAUAAAGACCGCUACAUCCAUGUGGAGAAGACAGAGAUUGUUGUGUAUGAAAAUGAGGACCGGCAGAACUGCUUAGAGAGGCUUGACCUGGAAAACUACGAUAAAUGCCAUGAACUAAAGAGCCCCUUUAAGAGGAAGCACAGACUGAUUCUGAUCCGAUCACCCAAGUCUGGAAAUAAGGUCCAUGAUGUGAAGUUCCAAGCUCAGACUGCAGAGGAAAAGGAGGCUUGGAUUAAAGCUCUGAUCGAUGGCAUCAAUCGAGCAAGGAACAAAGUCUUUGAUGAGGUGACGGUGGAUGAAAGCAGUAAUUUAGAGCAUGUUACUCGGACAAGGCCUAAAGGGAAUCGUAACCGGCGGCCACCGACCAGGAUACACAUGAAAGAGGUAGCUAAUGUGUCAUCUGACGGUAUCCUGCGUUUGGAUCUUGAUCUUGAGAAUGCAUUAAUGCCUAAUGGGACCCAUCAUGUCACUGUUGAUGGCACCGAAAGCCCAAAAGAGGCGCUCAAAGUCCCAACUCCUCCGUCCAAUGCCGGUGAAGCUGCGGAGCAACAGUCAGCGGCAAGUGCUGAGGAGGAAGGUCACACUGAGCCGGAAGUCAGCCCCCAGAAAAAGGUCAUCAAACCUCCCAUGCCCCCUACCAAAGAGGCCAAGCCCAGUUCAACACCUGAGGAGGAACCGGAUAAGGAUGAUGGCCCAGAGAAAAAGGUCCUGGCGCCACCUAUGCCUCCAUGUAAAGAAGCAAAGCCCUGUGCCUCGCCUUCUGAAGAAGCUCCAGAGGAGGCCAAAGCUGAGAAGAAGACAGGUCCGCCACCAACGCCUUCCAACAAACCCACCUCCAGCAGCUCCAUAGGCAACCUCGCGGAGGCCCCGCAGACCAGGCCAAACUCCCACCCUCCUACCCCUCCAUCCAAAGAGCAGAAACCCUCCCAUCCUGCUGUGGAGCCAGACCAAGAGGUCCAAGGCACGGCUGAAGAAAAUAAGGAGAAGGAAGAAGUCGAUAAGGAGGAGGCGACAGGAACAGCUGUGGAAACAGAUGAGGCAGACCGGUCCAUUUCUAAAGAAGCUCUACCCAGCGUCAGAGAUGAUGAACCUGAGAGUCCCAGCGACAUGUCCCAAGGACAGGUUUCUGAAGAAGAAUCGGAAGAAACUAUAAGUAGUGGCAUUAACAAAGCAUCCGACAAUGAGCCACUCAGAAAGAGCCCCAGUCCUCUUCUAAGCCUCAAGAAAAAGCCUGAGAAACCUGUUCAGCCUGAUACGCAACACGCACACGACAGCACAACUAUAACGCAGACUAACGAGGGACAGGACCCUGCUGCGUUACUGCAAACAGCCUCACGUACCUCAGCCAGUUCUCCUCCAGCAGAAGAGGCACUACCCAAGAGUGAAGUCCCGCCAACAGUUGUCUCUUCGAACGACCCGGUCAAUGACAGCCUCAGCCUGAGUCCGCUGCUCUGUCACUUGCCGGGGGAGAAGAAAAAGAAGACGGAGGAGAAGUCCGUAGACAGCGGUCAGCACUCGGACGCCGACAGCGAAGGCUCCAGCAGUGAAGACGCGCUGGCGGCUUCCACGGCCGCGUUGAGAGGAAGCCAAGCUGGUCUGGAUGUGCUGGACGCCAGCGAGGGCGACAUUCAGAUCCCUGUUGGUUUCAAGCCGAAACAGACCCCAGCCAAGCCUCAGGUUAGACCAAAGGUCUUCCCCCAUCGGCGCUCACAGCCUCCCACUCCUGCUCUCAAACCCUCCACCAAGGUCCGGUCCGCCUCCAUCGGAGAUCUGCUGUCUGAUUCUCCAGUGUGUAUUCAGGCGAGUCCGCAUACUAGAGCUGGAGCUGGACGCGGCGGGGCUCCUCGUGAUGAUGUCAUGGAACUUGAGACUGAAGUGGCGCUGGAGAUGGAAAAGACGAGGGAGCUCCUGAGCAGUGUGAGAGAGUCCCAGUCCCAGGGGGGAGGUGGCGGCGAGGGCAUGCCAGAGGAUCUGCUGGUCAGGGCCAUGGAGAAGCUGAAGACGGCCGACCACGUCCUGAGAUCGGUCAAUAAACUGAAACUUGCAAAGAGCCCAAGCAGCAGGAAGAGCUGGUGAAUGUCAGUCACAGCAGGUCGACUUGGAAUGGACCAUUCGCUAAACCCCCUCCCCUGAACAGUGAUUGUCCAAUCAUAGUUUAGCAAACUUUAAAUAGGCAUAGCAAGCCUGUCAAGCUUUGGAUUUCCAUACUGUACGGUUUGCAUGAUAUUAGGUUAGGGUUGCCGCCCGUCCCUUAAUAAAUGGAAUCGUCCCCUAUUUCAAAAUAAAUUAGCGCGUCCCGUUCAUGUAGAAGCCACAAGCCCGUAUGAAAAUCAACGCGCGUGCGUGAUCACGGAAGGCUUGUGUGAUGUGGACGCGCCGACAGUGAUGUUGUCAUUACUUAUAAUUCCUCAUGGGGGGCACUAUAGCUGUAAAAGUGUUUCAUACUGUUAAAAUGGAGACAGAGUUUUCGAACAACUUGCUGAGCUAGCGUUAGCCUGUUUAGCUAGCUGAUAUGAUCUACCUGCGACAGCGGGCAAAAUUAACGGUUGUCGGCAAGAAAUGAGAAGCUGCUUUGGUCUUCCUCUGACUGAAAUCAAAGCCUGACAGGUGUAGCAAUAAUAACGGCUCAGGGUUUAGCAAACGGCCAUAUGAUGGACUUGGGCAGAAUGACAGAAAUCUCGUAAUUUUUAAGGUUAUGCAGCACAUGCAACUGUUCGCUCGUAAUUAACUAAGUGCAAUUAUUUUAACUUUCUCUGUAGCUGAAAGUAAUGCUUAAUGUUCUUCUGUGUAUUGUUUAUUUCUUGUAAUGUAUGAAAUACUGGGACAUUUUCAAGAAGGAUUACUUGAAAGUUAAUAAGAGAAUUAAUAAUAUAAUUACAAAGCAGUACCGCCAAUACAUGCAUUGAGAACGUGCAAAAAAAAAGUACUCAAAAGUGUUAAUACCAAAUUACACAACUGUUUUAAUAGUUUAAUCUUCUUUGUGGAUUCAAGGGGCCUUUUCUCAUAUUUUAGAUACUAUGUUUUUGCUGGCAGUUUAUAUGAGGAAAAUUAUAUUUUACAUAUUUUAAACUUUUUACUACGCCAUGUUCUGUUUCGUGUUGAUGAGGAAAGAUGUACCGACCUAGCACAGGAGCUUUCUGAAAGGAAUCUUUUCAGACUAAUCAUGUAAUUGUAGCAAAAUGAAAAACUGCUACUCCACAUACAAUGAUUCCAGUUUUGAUAUUAAUGUUGUAAGUUUUUCAUACUCGUAUUGUACAUAGCACAGAACAAAGAGCUUGUAGCAGCCCCUUUGGCUCUCACUAACCCCUCUUACAGUUUAACUUUACAUUCAUUUGAUUAUAUGAGGGAUAGUUAGUGAUUUUUCUCGCAAUUCGAAUCAUGAACUCGGAAGAAUUUCCCCUUUUUGUGUCCAAUGCUUUGUUAAAAGAUAUGAUAUAGUGUAGUGUGCAAGAAUAUUUUCUAACAUUAGAUAUACUUUUGUACUCUUUGGUUAAAUGUGCUAUUGCCUAAAUAAACAAAGGGAAACUAUCUGUUUA